GUGAAUAUUUUAAGAAUGUAUUUUCCUGAUUCUACUUUCCAGAUGGUCGAGAGUGCUUUAUCUCCGCCGUACGACGGGAGCGAAUUUCAGGAUCUGUUUCCUGAACUGACCGGCGUGGAACCAGACGAAAUGGUGGACAUAGAAUCGUUGGCUGAUCAUGCUGCAUCGUCGUUGCAACAACCUGAUGACGUUGUAGAAAAUCACUCAGUUAUGCUGAACGACAACGUUUCCAUUCAUUCACAAGAUAGUUAUUCAGAGAGGGGUUCAGUAUACGAGUGUGAUGAUGUUUCAGAGGGGGAGGUGGAGGAACAUGAAGAUGCUGAUCAAUUGCUGAGAUACCUCAUCGCUCCAGUCAGUCAAACUCAAAGUAAGACGAAGCAGCUGAGACGCCAAUCUUCCAAUUCCAAUGACUCUGAAAGAUUUCCUGAUCGUUCUCGGGAUCAGGGCUCGACCAUUCAUCAUCCAGACUCCCCGCCGCCAUCAGCUGUGGUGACGACGCGUAAAUACACAAGAAAGUCCACGUCAAAGGCCCGAAGAAACGGGCCAAAACAAAUGCCAGCUUCUUCAACAACAUGCUUCACCGUUGUUGAUGAGAAAGGUUCAUGCAAAAGCGUCCAAGGCCCAAACAGGAAUGCUGUUAUGGCAAAGUUAAAUCGUGAGAGGAAGAAGCAGCUCAUGGUGGAACUUGAAGAAAAGGUUGGACUUCUCGAUACUGAAAAUGAUGCGCUUAAAAAGCAGAAUGUCCGCCUUCGAAAGAGAGUUGAUAUUCUAAGCCGAGAACUUCAAUAUGUGAAAAAUGUUCUUGCAAACCAAAGCACGCUGUCCAGUCUUCUGAAAAAUAUCAAAGCAACAGGACUUGAGUUUCAUACUUCAAUGCCGUUACAGUCCAACCCAAGCAGAGUUGCCAAAGGUAUUUCACGUGUGAAUCAGAAAAGAAAAAGGCAGUUUGAUCAUGACUAUUGUCUUGAGCAGAAUGAUGAUGAGUUCCAGUCUCCAAAAGUUGCCAGGUCUGGAAGUAAAGGGAAAAAAGAUGAUGGCAAAACUGAUGCUAAUGUGAAUCUUUCAAACUGUGAUGCAGUAGGAGGAGUUUGUCUUCAUGUUUUAGGUGAGAAUGUCUCACUCGAGUUCUGUUCAAAGUGUAGUGCAAAAGCAAACUUGGCUGGAAGCAGAUGUUGAGCCAUUCUCAAAGAAGCAGGAAUGAGAUGAGAUCUCAAAGAAGCUGUUCAUCACUGGCCCUGGGAGUAAUCAGAUGAUCAUGAACUACAUGUAUUCCAUCGCAGAGCAGCAUGUUGAGUGACUAAGGAACGGUGUCAUUUUAUGAUUUUGGAAAGCAUAUGGUCGGUUGUUUCUUACCUUUGAUUAAUGACAGUGAAAGUACAAUUGAAUUCUUUCUAUAAGCCAUAACUCAUUGAUUGUUUUAGUUCACAGACUUGAGCUCCAUAUUUUCAAACAUUUGACUCGAAAUGAAAUACAAGAAAAACUCAAUAUCGUAGUAUUGACAUGUGAUAAUUUUGAUUAUUAGAUAAUCCUAGGUUACCGGUAAUUCAUUUUUGUCCUGUUUUGUAAAGAGAAGUCAAUUGCAACUUGUGAGUUUUGUUAUACGUUGCAUAUGGCUUCUCUAUUUUAGUAAUGUCUUGUAUACAAUCUUGUUG